GUGCACGAUACAGCAUUCAUCUUAGAAUAAAGAACCACCAAGUUAGGUCCUAAGUCCUAACUGCACAGAAAUCUUUAAAUCUUAGGUCCACUUUAUUGGUAUACAAGAGAGCAGCUGGUUGAUGAUUGUGUAUGAGUGUAGCAUUUAAGGAAAUCAAUCUUAGAAUAAAUAAAUGUUCAUUCAGGUUUGACUUGUUUAAAAAAUUCUUAUAUCUUGCAUCGGCAGCUGAUGUUAGCACUAAAUAAAUAUAAUCUUGGCCUUCAAUAAGAAUCAAGUUGUUUCAUAGUCAACACAUAACCCUAUUGGAUUUGGGAGGAAAGAAAUGGAAGUAACUGGAGGAAGUCAUUUACAAUCUCACCAUUAUGCUCUUCAUGAAACCCUCUCCCAACUUCUCUUCAUUCUUCAUUUCAUCAAACCUCUACAUGGGAUCCUGUUUAUUGUUCCUCACCAUCUUCUUAGUCUUUCCUUCUGCCUUGAGUUUGUCAUCCUUAGAGUACAUACACCCAAAUUUCACUGCUUCGGAAUUUCAACAUAUUGACAGCAGUGGUGUUUUUUUGUCCUCCCGUAAUGGCACAUUCGCAGCUGCUAUCUUUAACCCUGGUGUUCAACAAACCAACUUCUACUUGUGCGUCAUCCAUAUGGCAUCCAAUGCCAUCAUCUGGUCUGCUAACCGUGAUGCUCCCAUCUCAAGUUCUGGUAUAAUGAAUCUUACGACCAAAGGGAUUACAGUUUCUGAUCCAUAUGGCAAUCUCAGAUGGUCAACUCCGCCAUUACAGUCAUCGGUAUAUGCAUUAUUGUUAACUGAGAUGGGUAACCUUGUCUUACUUGAUCAUUCCAAUAGUUCUCUUUGGGAGAGUUUCCACUAUCCAACAGACACAAUUGUGAUUGGACAACACUUACCUGUUGGGAUGUAUCUGUCUAGUGCUGCAUCAGAUUAUGACUUAUCAUCUAGUAUUUACACCUUCACAAUAAGUACUUCUGAUGCCUUACUGCAGUGGUAUGGACAGACAUACUGGAAAUUGUCAAUGGAUACAAAGGCUUUUAUUAUCUCGAAUUAUGUUGUGAAAUACAUGGCAAUUAACAGAACGGGUCUUUUUCUCCUUGGCCAUGAUGCAUCGGAAGUUGUUAUACAGGUCAGCUUGCCACCAGCUGACUUCCGAAUUGGCAAGUUGGGUCCGUUAGGGCGCUUUACUGUCCAUAGCUUUUCUGAUGCCCAAUGGGAGCAGGAAUUUUCCGGGCCAGAUUCUUCUUGUAGAACUCCGUCUAUUUGUGGCCAAAUGGGAUUGUGUACUGACAACUCUCCAUCCAUUACCCCAAUAUGUUCAUGUCCAUCAGGCUUCCAUGCAGGUUCACAGAAUAUUAGUGGCUGUGUGCCAAGUGAUGAUUCUCAAUCUUUGCCGCUUGCUUGUAACUCAACCAAUAAUGGCAGUCGGUUAAACUCAUCCGUUGUUUCAUUUUUGGGGCUUGGCUAUGGUAUAGAUUAUUUUUCCAAUGAUUUCUCCCAGCCUCUAAAAUAUGGUGUGAAUUUGACAGUUUGUCAAGAUCUCUGCUCAAGGGACUGUUCUUGCUUGGGAAUUUUCUAUGGAAACUCAUCUGGUUCUUGCUACAUGCUUGAAAAUGAGUUGGGGUCCUUUACAUCAAGCAAUUCUGGUGGAAUGAACCUGCUGGGCUACAUCAAAGUCUCUGGAUCAAAUACAACAACAAAUGACAAUGGUCCUCCCCCUAACAGUUCUAGUAAUCAUAGAAAAGGGCUUCAUGUAGUUGUUCUGGUGCUUUUAUCGUUCACUUCAAUUUUACUGUUAGUGGCACUAGGUUUUCUCAUUUGGAUGAGAUGGAAACUCUCCAAAACUAAGGAAAUUAAAUUAGGUGGCUUCAACUCACAGUCUUUUGAAGACCUGGACGCAUUCUACAUCCCAGGCUUACCUAAAAGGUUUGACUAUGAAGAGCUUGAGGUGGCAACUGAUAAAUUUAGCACUCAGAUUGGAUCAGGAGGGUUUGGUUCUGUAUACAAGGGGACACUGCCUGAUAAAAGUGUUGUGGCCAUAAAGAAGAUAACCAAUUUAGGCAUUCAAGGGAGAAAAGAAUUCUGCACUGAGAUUGCGGUUAUUGGAAAUGUUCACCAUGUCAAUUUGGUUCGAUUGAAAGGGUUUUGUGUCCAUGGAAGACAGCGCCUAUUGGUUUAUGAGUAUAUGAAUCAUGGUUCAUUGGACAGGACUCUGUUUGGUAGUGGACCUGUUUUAGAAUGGCAAGAGAGGUUUGAUGUUGCGCUCGGAUCAGCACGUGGGCUUGCAUACUUGCAUAGUGGGUGCGAACACAAGAUCAUCCAUUGUGAUGUCAAACCAGAGAACAUUCUUUUGGAUGAACACCUUCAGGCAAAAAUUUCUGAUUUUGGACUCUCCAAGCUUCUAAGUCCUGAACAAUCUGGUCUGUUCACUACCAUGAGAGGUACUCGUGGCUAUCUUGCACCUGAAUGGCUUACCACCUCUGCAAUCUCGGAAAAAACUGAUGUCUAUAGUUUUGGAAUGGUACUGCUUGAACUUGUGAGUGGAAGAAAAAAUUGCUCAUUACGAUCACAAAGCCAUAGCAUAGAGGAUAGUGGUAGUGGUGGUGGUCACUUUUCAUCAUCAUCAUGGUCAGGACUUGUUUACUAUCCUCUAUUUGCAUUAGAGAUGCAUGAGCAAGGUGAGUACUUGGAGCUUGUUGACCCAAGGCUAGAAGGACGGGUGACAAGGGAAGAGGUGGAGAAAUUAGUGCGUGUAGCUUUGUGUUGUCUUUAUGAGGAACCAGGACUUAGGCCAAAUAUGAUUAGUGUUGUUGGUAUGUUGGAGGGUGGGAUUCCUUUAGGUCAGCCAAGAACAGAAUCUCUAAACUUCUUGCGCUUUUAUGGGCAUAGGUUUACUGAGGCUUCCACAAUAAUGGACCCAAAUGGUUCUCUAUCAUUUCCACAAGGAAAUAGCUUACAGACUGGUUUUUCUUAUAUAUCUUCACAGCAGAUCUCUGGCCCAAGAUAGUAUUGAAUGGCAUUUUGUUUUUGCAGCUCAUGUAUAGAUUUCUGUGAAUGACUAUGAAAUGUAUGUUUUCAGGAAUUCUAGUUGUUGCCUACUCUAGAAAACUGAAAUCUACUGUAUCAUUCUUACGUUUUGCUACAAAGCUCAAGGUGGAUUGAGUGGCUGUGACCUUUUACACUUGUGUAAAGUGUUCUUUUGAAUGUACAAUAUGAUUCAAUUCUAUGUAAAGGUCCAUUUGAUCA